CUGUGGAGAACAAUGACCUUGUUCAUGUACUCGUCCGCACUCUGCUGCUCGUCUUGGAGCCGUGAAGAACUUUUGUCUAGCAUUUCGCCUUCUCUCUUUGACUCGUUGUAGUACGCCAGUUUUCAUUUCGAUUGGUGCAAGCCUUGAAAAGUUGGUUUUCUCGUUGCCCGAUGUUGAAAUGGCGUCAAGUGACAUAGCGUCCGAGCCCACGAAUGUGGUUUUGAUUAUUGGCGCAGGAAGCACUGGAUUGGCGAUUGCGCAGGGUCUGAAAAAGGUAACAUGUUGUUCGUCAGACACGCGGUGACCCGGCCCAGUCCUAACCAGACUUGGCCUCUUCAUCGACUGCAAAACUGUCGACUUUGGAAUCGGCGCUAGUUCCUUGGAUCUUGCCUACUCAUUCAUGGACGGCAGAACGACAUACCAGCCGUUGUAUUCGAGCGCGAUGCUAGCCUCACAGCUCGCCCACGAGAUUGGAAUAUGGGCCUCCAUUGGGGCGCUCCCAUGCUGCAAUCACUGAUAUCGCCGGAAGCGUGGAACCGCAUUCAAUCCGUGCAGGUCGAUCCAAAUGUUCCGACGAAAGCGAUGGAUACGUUGAAAUUUCUCAAUACUUCAAACGGAGAGACGCUUGGAGCGGCCAACAUAGACUACUUCUAUCGAUUGGUCCGAAGCAAGUUGCGCAUACUGCUCUCAGAGGGUAUCGACGUCAGAUAUAACAAGAAGCUUGACAAAAUCUUGUAUUCGGACGACGGGAAACUUGCAACCGCGCACUUCGAAGAUGGCACAUCCGCCACCGGUCGCAUCAUCAUCGGUGCCGAUGGCGCUCGCUCAGCCGUUCGUCGUAUAGCAGUCGGCAAUGAUGGCCAUCACAGCCGCAGGAUUCCUUAUGGGGCAACCUUUGCUCAAGCGCGUUUCACGAGGGAGCAGGCUCUUCACUUGCGCUCGUGGCACCCGCUCUACCUUGGCGGCGUUCAUCCCCUCGGAUGUUUCUCCUUCUUUGGGAUGCAAGACGGUUCCGACGCAGAUGCACCGGAAACGUGGCUCUUCUUUUUCUACAUAUCCUUUAAACUGACGCUAGAGGAGCAGGAGCAGAUGACGUCGUGGACUCAACCUCAACUCAUGGCGCACAUCCGAUCUUUGGCUAAGCAUUUCGCUGACCCUUGGAAGUCAGCAUAUGAAUGGCUGCCGGAUGAUCAUCCCUUGUGGUUCAUGGCCAUUACUGACUGGGAUCCUGCUGCGCCUGGACACGCUUGGGAUAGCAAAGGAGGCAGGACGACACUGGCGGGCGAUGCGGCUCAUGUGAUGACUUAUCAACGUGGACAGGGUCUUAAUCAUUCAAUCAAUGAUGCUGUCAAGUUGGUUGAGGCAGUAAAGAAGUUCUGGAGCAAUGACGAUGAGCAGGCCCAGGCCAUCGCAGAGUACGAAGCUGAGAUGAAAAAUCGUGCAGGUACUGAAGUGCGAAUGGGAACCGCGAACACUGAAAUGCUGCAUGACUGGGAAAAAGCUUUGCAGAGUCCAGUGUUUAAGAAAGGUUUGAAGAAGUCAUGAGUGCUUAGUCCCUUGGGCGAAGGUGUAUGCCUUGAUGGACAAUGAACACGCGUACGACUAACAACGUUGAAAAUGCUUGUAUUUCCUCUAACUCGAGCAUUUUAGCUGUAUAGAGCCUUUACAGUUCGUCGAAAAUGCGUAGCAGGGCGUCCUGUUUUGCCGGAGAAGUUGACUCCGGUGGCUUCGAGGUUCUGCUCAGUAAUGCAGUGUUAUUGCUGCCUUUUAGUGCAUCGAAUGUAACCGGUCCCGCAC